AUGUACUGGGAAGCUCCGACUUGUGUAAUUUGUUUGAAUGAACUCUCUGCAAAUCUGACAGUAACUCCAUGCGGCCAUGUUUUUCACCUCGAGUGCAUGGAAAAGUGUGUGUUUAACAGGUGCAAGAAUUGUCCACUCUGCAGGAACCGCGUCCUGCCAAGUAAGCUCACAAACAUUUCUUUUGCUUUGAUUCCAGCGAAGUCAGCGACUCCUGCUAUUUCUGGAUUGUCUGAGGAAGAAAUGAAGGAUCUUCAGGCGCUGCAGAACAGAGCUAGAGAGGCGACGAAAGAAAAAGAAGCCUUGGAACUGAAGAUCGACCUCACAGAGAAGUUUUUGAUUGAGAAAGAAGCUCAAAUCAAGUGGUUUCAGGAGAUGUAUGAAGAAGAAACGUCAAAAACUAAAAACUUCAAGCGAAGAUACGAAGAAACCUUGGCCCAGCUUCAAAGCUUCCAAUAUGAAUCAGAAAAAUACCAAGGAUUAUUUAAUAAUGCUCACAAGAAACUAAAAGAAGUUGAAACCAAAGUGACAGAACUUGAAAAUGUCUCGAAAUUAAUUGAAGAGCUUGAAAAUACGCAAUCCACUGUUACUUGGGCGAAUUUAGCUAAAGAAAAAUUAACAGCAGAAGAACAAGCAGCUCAUUUCUAUAAUGCCUUGCUCAUCACCACGAACUCAAUGAAAAAUUUGGAAAAAGAGAUGAAAGAGCUUAAAGACCUUAACAAUAACACUGCGCAGCAAUUUUCAUCAACCAAGAGGCAGCUAUUAAUGGUGAGAAAAGAAAAUGAAAACCUGACUAAACAAAUGAGCACCCUUGAAACACAGCUGAAUACCAGCUCUUUAAAGGUAAAAACUAUCUAGAGAAAAACUGAAGAUGCACCAGCAAUUUUGGUUGAGAACGCAAUGAACUUUCAGCCCAUGUUCAAGCCUAAAAAGGCCUUAAGCUUGCUGGCAAGCCGUCAAUAA